UUUACGUCUGAAGUACAGGGCGCGCGACAUUUUGUGAGAGCGAGAAUUAUGAUAGAGACCGCCAAAACAGCGUCUAGGAAGAAAUAUUCACCAAGGCUGAGCCAAGAUGAAGAGUGGGACACCACUAGAGACGAGACAGCUGAAUGCCUCGCAUAGACCUCGACACUUCGGUGGCCUGAUUGAAAAAGUCGCAUAUCUGCCAACCAUAGAAGAGGAAAGUCGGCACGUGACUUUCUCGCUGUCAGCAACACCACUGGGCACCACCACACUGAUAUCCAGUUGCUGGUAGCAAGAGCGGGCCAUCGAAGUGUUAUAUUGUGCUGUUUAAAUUAUUUCCGAGACGGCAGCCUUCGCCGGAGUAUUAUGCAUACACACACCGUUUGCGAAAGAAGUGGCUUAGAAGUCAUUAGAAGGGAGGGCCUUCAGCGGCAAUUGUACUCCUUAGAGAAACCUCGAGACUUGGAUGGCCUGCCUGAGAAAGUCGCACACCGGCUGCCAACCAUAGAAGAGGAAACUCCAGAUGACAUCAGGUUGUGGUGGAUUGAGGAACCAAUCAGAAUUGAAGACACAAUAAAAAGAGAGGAAACGAUGAAUCAAGCAAUCCACCCCAACCCCUCUUCUAUUGGUUUGGCGGACGAAGUGCCGACUACCUCCAAAAGUAGUCGGCACGUGACUUUCUCGCUGUCAGCGACACCACUGGGCACCACAACACCGAUAUCCAGUUGCUGGCAGCAGAGGCAGGCCAUCGAUGUGUUGCUUAUCUUGUGCUGUGUAUGUUAAAAGAUUUUAACAACAACCUUCAAUACGGCCAUGAUCGAAUUACUCGAUCAGCCAAUAUUCAUGUCAGUGGGCGUGGUAGAAAACAGAAGGACGUAUAGCGAUGUCUUAGUAGAAUGGUGCAAAGCAAAUCAUUCAUAAAAUACAUGACAGCAAAUGAGAAAAACGAUAUGGGAUGAGACAUUAAUAAAAACAAAAAAGGGACACGAAAAAAUGCAAAACAAAAUAGUGCAAAGAAAUGAUACGAAAACAAACAACGUUCAAAUGAACAAACACGUUAAUAUGAACCAAAUGGAAACGGACAAAAUCAUCAUGGACACUAUAAAUAUGAUAGCAAGGGAUAUCAAAAUGAAAGAUAUGGAAACGUGAAAUGAAGAAAAGCGUUAAGAAAACAAGAAGGGCGAGAAAGAAGAAUGACAAAACAGGCAUUACAAAAAACAAAGAAUACGAAACGUUGACAUAGGCCUAAGGAACACAUAACGUACAGUAAACAAUACUAACAGGCCCAAUACUUGUACCGACGCUGUAAGAACAACAAGAAGUCGGAGAGACUUUGGGUUGACCGAUCUUUGAUUCAUAAUUUACGAACCGAAUGAAGUGGAGCAUUUCUUCCUCCCGCCAUCAGUGAUAAUCCACCAGCUUUAAAAAAGUUUUAAAACUGAACAGUCUCAGUGUUCUAGUUUAUUCCAAAGCAACAUAAGUAAUUAAUUCUUUAUGUAGACUGAUGAUGAUCAAGUGGAUAUUUCAGUGUUGAAGACUGUGUAUACAAUGUAUACUCGACUCUCUGUCCAUGAAUACUGUAUGUCAGCCGAAAUAACACCAGGGUGGCAUAGCCAUAGGAAUUAGGGGUAAAGUGUCAGAUUCCCUUUUCUUCUUUUUUAGGUGUAAAAUAUUUUUUUCUUAUUUUUUUUUUCUUUUUUUUUUUUCUUUGUUUUAUUUUUUUUUUUCUCUUUUUUUUUGGUCAUGCAGUUGGGUAUGAAUAUAACCCAUGCAUUCGCGUUCGCAAAUAUUUUUUUUGUAAAAUAUUGUUCGUGGGAACCUGAUACGAACCGACCUGGAACCUUUGCUCAUGUUUAAUAUCCUAUAAUUAUGGCAUGCUUUCCUGUCCCUGUUCACUAAAAGACACUGUAUCUACAAAGUCUUGAAGACCUUCUUUUCGAAACAAAAUGUCCGUGACUUGGACACUAUAAAUAGUUUUGAGACAUUUUGUUUCAAAAACAACAUUGUAGACACCUAUAUCCUACAAUAGUGUAAUGUGGAAUGGGGCCAUAUCUAGUGGGUAGAAAGGUACAACAUAAAAAUGCCCUAUUUGGUGUAAAAGUGCUCUUUUUGGUAUAAACAUGCUAUUUUUAGAGUAAAACUGUUAUUUUUAAAGUAAAAGUGUAAUUUUUAGAGUAAACGUGCCCUAUUCAGUGUAAAAGUACUCUUUUUAAUGAAAAGUUCUCUUUUUUGUGUAAAAGUGUCAUUUUCAGAGUAAAAGUGUAAUUUUUAAAGUAAACGUGCCAUAUUUUGUGUAAAAGUGCCUUUUUAGUGUAAAAGUGCCAGUUUUAGACUAAAAGUGCCCUAUUUAGUAUAAAAGUGCCAUGUUUAGUGUAAAAGUGCCUUUUUUAGUGUAAAAGUACCACUUUUAGAGUAAAAGUGCUCUUUUUAGUGUAAAUAUGCCUUUUUCAGUGUAAAAUUGCCAGUUUUAGAGUGAAAGUGCCCUUUUUAAUGUAAAAGUGUCAUGUUUAGUGUAAAAGUGCCAGAUUUAGAGUAAAAGUGCCUUAUUUAGUGUUAAUGUGCUCUUUUUGGUAUAAAAGUGCAAUUUUUCUAGUAAAAGUGCCCUCUUUAGUGUAAACAUGGUAUUUUUAGAGUAAAGGUGGGGGUUUUUAGUGUAAAACUGCCAUUUUUAGAGUAAAGGUGUCAUUUUUAGUGUAAACACGUGUACUAUUUAGUAUAAAAAUGUUCUUUUUAGUAUAGAAGUGCCAUUUUUAGUGUAAAAGUGAUCUUUUUAGUGUAAAACUGCCAUUUUUAGAGUAAGCAUGCCCUCUUUAGUGUAAAAGUGCCAGUUUUAGAGUAAAAGUGCACUAUUUAGUAUAAAAGUGCCAUUUUUAGUGUAAAAGUGCUCUUUUUAGUGUAAAAGUGCCAGUUUUAGAGUAAAAAGUGCCAAUAUUGAUGUAAAAGUGCCAGUUUUAGAGUAAAAGUGCCCUAUUUAGUGUAAAAGUGCUCUUUUUAGUAUAAAGGUGCCAUUUUUUGUGUGUGUAAAAAGUUCCCUUUUCAGUGUAACUGCCCUUUUUAAUAUAAAGUGCCAUUUGUAGAGUAAAAGUGUCCUUUUUAGUGUAAAUUUGCCAUUUUUAUAUGCUUCUCUUCUGGGGGUUUUAGGUGUAAAACAUUUAUAUUUUCUUUCUUUUGUUUUUGUUUUUGUUUUUAUAUGCUUUUUUUUCUUUUUUCUUUUUUUUUGUCAUGCAGUUGGGUAUGAAUUGAACCCAUGCAUUCUUGUUCGCAAAUUUGCGGACAAAUUGGUAGUAACACUAUCUCGGGCGCGUGUGCAUAUGGGGUAGGUUCGGGGCUUGACCCCCUGCUUCAAGCAAAUUUUCUUUUUUUAUAACACAUUUUUCAUGGGAACCAGAUAUGAGCCCACCUUGAAAUUUUGCUCAUGUUUAAUAUCCCAUAAUUAUAGUGUGGUUUCCUGUCCCUGUUCACUAAAAGACACUAUAUCUACAAAGUCUCGAAGACCUUCUUUUCGAAACAAAAUGUCCACGGCUUGACAGUAUAAAUAAUUUUGAGACAUUUUGUUUUGUUUUAAUUAUUAUAAUUUGAUGUGUUUAACAUGUUUUAUCAAUAAACUUGAAUUGUGUCAUAAUUA